UUGAGAAUCAUGGCUAGCUCAAGGAGUUUGACUGUGGAAAGCAUUUUGAUUCUCUUCAUAAUAUGUUUGGUUUUUAGCCACAAUAGGGUGGAAGGAGGCAAAGGUAUUUCUAGACAAGAAGAAGAUGAAGAUUUGGAAUUGGAGAGGCAGCUAAAGCUUCUUAACAAGCCGGCUGUGAAAUCUAUCAAGACUGAGUAUGGAGAUAUUUAUGAUUGCGUGGAUAUCAAGAAGCAACCAGCGUUCGAUCAUCCCUUGCUGAAAAAUCACACUAUUCAGAUGAAGCCCAGCUCCUUACCAAAAGGGAUGAUAAAUAAGAAAUCAUCAGGAAUUAGGUCUUCAGAAAUUGGGUUCAAGAAUAAUGAAUGUCCACCGGGUACAGUCAUCAUACGUCGGACUCAAAAAGAAGAUUUAACAAGGGCCAAAUCUCUAGUAAGAAGAAGUCCUGGAAAUGCUCAUCGACUUACAAAAGCAAAUCCUGGAUAUCAUCUUGCACCUGUUUCGGUACAGAGACCGGAUACGAAGUAUUAUGGUGCCAAUGUAUACUUUAGCUUAUAUGAACCAAAGGUUUCAGCCAAUCAAUUUAGUGAAGCAGUAUUAUGGGUAGAAAGUUUGUUUUCUGAUAAAUUCGACAGUAUUCAGGUUGGAUGGACAGCCAAUCCAAAAUUGUUCGGUGAUAAUCGAUGUCGACUAUUUUCUUAUUGGAUGUCUGAUGGAUUUCACGGAAAAGGUUGCUAUAAUCUCCUCUGCUCAGGUUUUGUGCAAGUCAGCAGGCAGAUAUCCUUUGGUUUAACAUUCAAGAACAUUUCUACCUAUGAUGGCCCACAAGUUGAAGAUUGUUGGCUUGUGUUCAGGGAUCCAAAAUCUGGUCAUUGGUGGUUUGUACUUGGAAGUACCCAGGUUGGAUAUUGGCCGUCAGAAAUCUUCAGUGACUUAAGAACCCAUGCAUCAUCAGUAUCAUCUGGUGGAGAGGUUUAUGGCCCCACAAACGAACCUAGCCCUCCAAUGGGUAGUGGCCAUCUACCACAAGCAUUCAACAUGAGAUCGGCUACUCUUGCUAGAAGGUUUCAAGUUGUCGACGAUAAGCUUCAACUAUUGGAUCCUGAUUAUAAUGAUUUUAAGCCUCAUCCGGAUACUCCUAAAUGCUAUAAUGUCCUACGAGCUUUUCCUUGGGGUCGGGAUAUUUGGAAAAAUUCCUUCUUAUUUGGGGGACCUGGCGGUGAUUGUGGAGCGUGAUGCAUCACUAGUUGGUAUUGUAGAAGAAGCUGUUCUGUUUCAUCUUUGAACCAUUACUGUGUUCAAAUAAUUAAUAGCUGUCAGGUCACUAUUUAGUGUAUUUCUUGAUUUUCAAUUGUUAUGGACACUUUUAAUGUGUUAUUUGAAUGUAUUAUGCAAAUAAACUCGUCAAUUACUCUACCAAAAGUUUUUUAUGUA